UUGAUUUGGAAUCAUUCCAAACUUUAGUGUUCAUACAAUCGCACAAUCAUUAUUCACCAUUCAUCAGUCAUUCAUUCCAUUUUUCACUGAAAUACACCAUAUCGUAAUUCCUUUUUUUGUUCUGAAGUUCCUGUCAGUGUUGGAGAAAAAACCAAUUGAAACAACCUUAUAAUUUUAACUAUGUAUUCAAUUAAUAACACAAGUAACUGUUGCGACGGUAAAGCUGCAAGACCAGCUCAACAACAUAAUCAAGCACUACCUCUUAGAAAUGUAACAAGUGUAGAAAGUAUGAGACAGGGCAAUAAAAGGGGACGAUGUGAAACCUCAAUGGGGUCUUCCUCUGAAGAUGACAGGAGCCUAGGCGAACUCCAUUUCUCUAAAAGUGCCAAAGUUCUUUUCGAUGCUGAGUCAGGUUCGGAAGAUGAUAUAUCUGAAGAAUCUGAAUCUGAACCCGAUUGUGACUUGGAUGUCUUAGUCGGGAGACAGCAGAGAAUAGCUAGUUUUAAAAAACCGGAUAUGUCUGUGUCUGAGAAGUACCUGACCCUGCUUCUUUCCAUGGUGGAGCCAGGUGUGUCAAUGAUCCAUUCACAACAAGCAUCAAGGUUGCAAAGCCUUGUAGAAUAUGACGACAUUGGUGAUAAUACUAAAAAGCUUUAUAUCACAUAUUUACGGCUAUUCAAGAAAUAUUGUGACCAGAUCGAUUAUGGCAAGGAAGAAUGCAGUCGCUAUAAUGUUACACUCGACAAAACUAUUGGAUUUUUCAGAAAAGUCAUGUUCAAACGCCGGAUCAAGAAGUUGCUCCGUGUAUCUGGAUAUAAGGACACGGCCAUCACAAUUUGGCUCCCAACUAAUAAUAAGAGGCAAGAGGUUGUCCUGGAUCUGAAUGAGAUUCCUCUGUUCCUCUAUAUGACCCUCUAGUCCUUAAAGAUGCUCCGGUUGAUGAAAUAGGG